AUGAAGAUACUGACAACUCCCCUUCAAAGGCAAUACACAGGGUUAAUUGUUUCUGAGCUUUUGUUGCUAUUUUUGACUGGAAUCAACUAUACAAGUUACUAUGAGUCUAAUCCUGUUUUUAUCACAGUGAUGAUUGAUUCAAUUUUAUUUGCAUUUUCAGAUACAUUGGCUCAAUUAAUAGCUGUGGAACAAAAAAAAUUAAAUGCCAAGAAAAAUAAGAAAAAAUCAUUUGAAAAUAUUGGAGAGAAAUAUGAACCAGUGUCACGUACAAGCUCAUUUGAUUAUUAUAGAUCUCUCACGUUCAUCAUAUGGGGGAUUCUAAUGGCAUAUUUGCAAUUGGUUUGGUACGAAUAUUUGAGGUCCAAAUUUCAAGAUAACUAUUUUAUGAUCGUAUUGGCUGAUCAAGCCAUUUUUGUCCCCAUAUCCCUUGCAGGGAUGCUAGUGUAUGUCAAUUAUAUUCAAGAUUUUGGAGAUUUGAAGUUAUUAAUAUCAAAAUUCAAAAACUUAUUUGUCUAUACCUUAAUUUGCAAUUACAUUGUUUGGCCAGUGAUACAGUAUUGUAAUUUUAAAUAUAUCCCUGAUUACUUACAAGUGCCUUUUGGUUGUGCCAUUGGGGUCGUCUGGAACUGUUUCAUUUGCAUCAUUCAACAUUAG